AUGGACUGGUCCAUCGAUGCCCUCGCCAGCCUGUACCCGGUCGACAUCGCUCCCGACUCGGAUAGCGAGUCGGAUGAGCUUGGCACACCCGAGGCCCUGCCGUCGAGCAUCACCGUUGCCCUCGACGAGGCCUCGCUUGCUCUGCGCAAGUCGCAGUGGGCACAGUUUCUGGCAGAUGACGCGGCCCGCUGCGAUAAGUUCUUUGCCUCUUCGGCAAUGACCCGCACCCCGGAACGGGUCAUCCGCAUGCAGGAGAACGGCGAGCUCGACCGUGGCGAGCCGACCAUCCGCGACCGCUCGGUCUUUGGCACGGAUCACUCGACCACCGCCGACUACUCGCUUUCGCCAAUGGCCCUCAUGGCACGAGGCCUUGUGCAUGCCUCGUAUGCCUCGCCGUCGCCAGCCAGCUCGUACCGGUCGCUCAGCUCGGCAUGCUCUGUCCGGUCUAUCCGCUCUGUCCACUCGCCGAUGUAUCCGUUCCCUGCCGACCUCGCCGCAGUCGCCCACCGGUCGCCAAUGGCUCGACUCUCACCAUACACUGCGGCAUCUAGUCGCUCGAGUUCGCGGCAAGCUUUACAGGUCUCGCCAUUCGCCCACCUUUCGCUCGCCUCGAACAUUUCCGCGUCAUCGAUCGCUCUCUCCGGCUCAGGCAUCCUCCUGCCGCGACUCUCACCCGUUCAUGAUGCUCACUUGGCACCGUCGGAGCCUACUGACCAUCUGUCACUUGCCGGGCUUUCGCCAGUUCGCUCGGUGCCGUCGUUCCUCGGCUCGCCCAUCACCACCACCGCUACCUCGACGCCGUCCAACCACCACCAUCACGCCCACCCAGCCUCGCCGUCGUUCCUCGGCUCGCCCAUCACCACCACCGCUACCUCGACGCCGUCCAACCACCACCAUCACGCCCACCCAGUCUCGCCGUCGUUCCUCGGCUCGCCCAUCACCACCACCGCUACCUCGACGCCGUCCAACCACCACCAUCACGCUCACCCAGCCUCGCCGUCGUUCCUCGGCUCGCCCAUCACCACCACCGCUACCUCAACACUCCCCGAUCACAGCAUUAUGUCGCCCAUCGCCGCCGCUCCCGGUGGUACGCCGCCGCCUGGCAAUCUCACCCAGGCCGAAUUUGAGUUUGCAGCGCGGAUCCAGGCCUCGCCUUUCCGUCCGCAAUCGAGCUCGACGCCUCCCCGCUCGACCAAGCGCUCACUUCUUGCUUCACUCUCUGACGACGAUCCGGAUGCUGUCGCCGAGUCAUCCGACUCGGCGGACGACGACUCGAAUCCGUCAUCGUCGCAGCCUGCGUACGAGUCGGCCCUGACAUCCGAGUCAUCAGUGACGUUCGAGACCUCGGCUUGGUCGUCGGUGACCGGUCACUCGCUUGCGGGCGCCAAUGCCUCGCACGCUGCGCUUCCGCGCCUUUCAGACUCGAUUGCCACCUUGCAGGCUCGCAUCCGCUCUGUCCGCAAGUCCAUUUCCUCCUUUGACGCCUCUGCCGCCGCCGCCGCCAAGGCCGCCCUGCGCGCAGCCUCCGACUCCCCCCCGACGUCCACGCCGGCCCUUUCGCCUCUAGUCUCGCGACUGCCGCUUCGCGCCCUUUGA